AUGCUCCGUCGUCCUUUGAAGAUCGGCAUACAUUUGUUCGUACAACGCCCAAACGGCUCAUGUAUUCCCGAUAGCGUUAUGCAAUUUCCAACAGCCAUUUCAACGGAGCUUCGGUCUCCAAGUGUUAGGAUUAGGUUUAGGGGUAGGUUUUCGAACAGAAUGGAGGCUUCUGGUGUUAAUUCAGACGCGCACAGAGGUUCUUUGGCAAGCACCAGUACUAGCGAUCAUCAUUAUCACCAUCUACGAAGGCAAAAUGGAAACAACCCUUUCUCCGCUUCAAAUUUUUUUCGCUCACCUGUAUGUGCAUUCUUGGAGUAUAUGGGAAUUUUACAAACGCAAAGUAUUAGUCAUUCCGAUUCAUCAGGCAGUUUGAUCAAUAGUGGACGCACUCGGAAUGACUCCUCUCCAUCCAUGGAUGAUUCAAGUGAAGUAUCUAUCAGGAUCGCUGGUAGUGGAGAACAAAAUAUCAAUCAAUCUUCAACUGUUGGAACAGCUACACAGAGUGAAUCAUUGGUUCACUCAAUUUCAAGAGCUGUUUCUGCAGCGACCAUGGAUACUCAGGGAGAUUCAAGGAGUGAUCAUGGUGGUGCUGUGAGUGGGAAUGGUGAUGUGGAGUCUGCAGAUGGUAUUGGUGUUAACAAUAGCAGAGAUUCUACUUACCAGAGAUAUGAUUUACAGCAGGCUGCCAGAUUGGUUGAGCAAGUUCUUCCAUUUUCUUUAUUACUGUUGGUGGUCUUCAUUCGGCAACACUUUGAAGAUUUUCUUGUCACAAUCUGGAUUGCUGCUUUUAUGUUCAAAUCAAAUGAUAUUCUUCGCAAGCAGACAGCUCUCAAGGGAGAAAGGAAGAUAGCAGUUCUAGCAACCAUUUCUCUUUUGUUUACACUUCAUGUGGCUGGUGUUUACUGGUGGUGCCGCCAGGAUGAUGUCCUGUAUCCAUUGGUAAUGCUCCCUCCUGAAACUACACCACCUUUCUGGCAUGCAGUUUUCAUAAUAGUUGUCAAUGAUACUUUGGCUAGACAAGCAGCAAUGGUGCUCAAGUGUUUUCUGUUAAUGUAUUACAAGAACAGCAGAGGAAGAAAUCGCCGAAAACAGGGUCAAAUGUUGACUGUGGUUGAGUACUUGUUGCUUUUAUACCGUGCUUUGCUUCCUGCUCCAGUGUGGUAUCGGUUCUUUUUGAACAAAGAAUAUGGAAGCCUAUUUUCAUCACUAAUGACUGGAUUAUAUCUCACAUUCAAGCUAACUUCCAUUGUUGAAAAGGUCCAAUCAUUAAUAUCGUCUGUAAAGGCUUUAUAUCGUAAUGAGAUUCACUAUGGACCUUAUGCAACAUCUGAACAGGUAAAUGCAGCUGGUGAGGUUUGUGCUAUUUGCCAAGAAAAAAUGCAUGUUCCAGUUGUGCUUCGUUGUAAACAUGUCUUCUGUGAAGAAUGCGUAUCAGAAUGGUUUGAAAGGGAAAGGACGUGUCCUUUGUGCAGAGCAUUGGUGAGACCUGCGGAGUUGAGAUCGUUUAGUGAUGGUUCUACAAGUUUAUAUUUUCAGUUGUUUUGACGAGUGUUGAGUGUGUAUGUAAUGCAUUGCAUUUAGUAGUGGUGUAAAAGGUUGGUUGGUUGGUUUCACUAAAGUUUUAUAUUGAAGUUAGUGAGUGUAUAGUAAUAGUAAUAUUGCUUUCCCUCCUCCUUCUGUCCUUCACUUGAUGCCUAAAACAAGUAUUACCAAAAAUGUUA